UGCGAACGACGUGUCACUCGCCGUGUUGUCAUAUAGUGUUCAGUGCCUGGAAAAGGUGGAAAAUCCGGGUAAUUGAGGCGAAAAUCUGAUUGAAAAUGCUAACAAACUUCGAGACAAAGUCUGCCCGAGUGAAGGGGUUGUCUUUCCACUCAAAGCGUCCAUGGGUUCUCGCGAGCUUGCACAAUGGAGUUAUCCAGCUCUGGGAUUAUCGGAUGCACACCCUUCUUGAGAAGUUCGACGAGCACGACGGUCCAGUGAGGGGUAUUUGCUUCCACAGUCAGCAGCCGCUCUUCGUGUCCGGAGGUGACGACUUCAAGAUAAAGGUUUGGAACUACAAACAGCGCCGGUGCACGUUCACUCUGCUGGGGCAUCUGGACUACGUGAGAACGACAGUAUUCCACGAUGAGUAUCCCUGGAUUCUCAGCGCUUCCGAUGACCAGACGAUCCGCAUCUGGAACUGGCAGUCACGCACGUGCAUCAGUGUCCUCACGGGGCACAAUCACUACGUGAUGUGCGCCCUCUUCCACCCCACCGAGGACCAGAUAGUGUCUGCGUCCCUCGAUCAGACCGUGCGCGUGUGGGAUAUCUCAGGUACUGCCAAUCGAGAUGGAAUGAAAGGUUUGCGGAAGAAGAACGUGGCACCGGGACCGAGUGGACUGGAGGAGCACCUGAAGAAUCCGGGAACCACUGAUCUCUUCGGUCUGGCGGAUGCUGUGGUGAAGCACGUGCUGGAGGGUCACGAUCGCGGUGUCAACUGGGCUAGUUUUCAUCCCAACAUGCCACUGAUUGUCUCCGGAGCGGAUGACAGGCAGAUCAAGUUGUGGCGCAUGAAUGAAUACAAGGCCUGGGAGGUGGACACUUGUCGUGGACACUACAACAAUGUCUCCUGUGUCCUUUUCCAUCCGCGCCAGGAACUCAUCAUAUCCAACAGUGAGGAUAAGAGCAUCCGCGUGUGGGACAUGACUAAGAGGCAAUGUCUUCACACAUUCCGUCGCGAGCACGAGAGAUUCUGGGUAUUGGCUGCUCAUCCGACGCUCAAUCUCUUCGCCGCCGGUCAUGAUGCUGGCAUGAUUGUCUUCAAGCUAGAGCGCGAGAGACCGGCAUACACUGUGCAUGGGAAUAUUUUGUACUACGUGAAGGAGCGCAUUCUGAAGAAGCUGGACUUGACCACGACAAAGGAGAGCAGCGUGGCUCAGUUGAGAGGCAGCAGCAAAAUCCCUGUUUACAGCAUCUCCUACAAUCCCGCCCUGAACGCGAUGCUGCUGUGCUCGCGAACUACCAACAUGGAGAACAGCACUUAUGAGCUUUACAGUCUGCCCAAGGACUCCGAUGCCUCCAGCAACUCCGAGAUGGAGUGCAAGAGAUCGUCGGGCAUCACGGCGCUUUGGGUGGCGAGGAAUCGCUUCGCCGUGUUCGAUCGCAACAAUCAGUUGGUGGUGAAGAACUUCAAGAAUGAGGUGACAAAGAAGAUUCAGGCUCCGCCCUGCGAUGAGAUCUUCUACGCUGGCACAGGAAUGCUGCUGCUGCGUGAUCCUGACUACGUCACACUGUACGAUGUCCAGCAGUUGGUGGUCAUUGCGCAGGUGAAGAUCUCCAAGUGUCGCUACGUUGUGUGGUCACCGGACAUGUCGCAUGUGGCUUUGCUGGGAAAACACACCGUGAACAUCUGCAAUCGCCGUCUGGAGUCGCUGUGCAACAUUCUGGAGAACACGAGAGUGAAGUCCGGCGCAUGGGAUGACAGCGGUGUGUUCAUCUACACGACCAGCAACCACAUCAAGUACGCCAUCACAAAUGGGGAUCAUGGGAUCAUCAGGACACUGGAUCUGCCUAUCUACAUCACGAAGGUGAAGGGAACGCAGGUCUUCUGUCUGGAUAGGGAGUGCCGGGCUCGCGUGAUGAACAUCGAUCCCACGGAGUACAAGUUCAAGUUGGCCCUGAUCAAUCGCAAGUACGAAGAAGUGCUGCACAUGGUGAGGAAUGCCCGUCUCGUGGGUCAGAGCAUCAUUGCUUAUCUGCAGCAGAAGGGAUAUCCUGAGGUGGCACUGCACUUUGUCAAGGAUGAGAAGACGCGAUUCAAUCUCUCACUGGAGUGUGGAAAUAUCGAGGUGGCUCUCGAGGCGGCGAAGGCUCUGGACGAUAAGGCGUGCUGGGAACGUCUUGGUCAGGUGGCUCUCAUGCAGGGCAAUCAUCAGGUGGUGGAGAUGUGCUACCAGAGGACGAAGAACUUCGACAAGCUCUCCUUCCUCUAUCUCAUCACGGGCAAUCUGGAGAAGUUGAAGAAAAUGACCAAGAUUGCAGAGAUUCGCAAGGAUACUUCGGCUCAGUACCAAGGAGCAUUGCUUCUGGGUGAUGUGUCUGAGAGGAUUAACAUUCUGAAGAAUUGUGGUCACUCUUCGCUCGCCUAUCUCACGGCUGCCACUCAUGGAUUCACCGAGGAGGCGGAGAAGCUGAAGGAGGAGAUAAGUCAGGGCAAGGAAGUGCCACCGGUGAAUCCCAAUGCCGUGUUCCUGAAGCCUCCUGUGCCGGUGCAGCAAGCCGAAGCCAAUUGGCCACUUCUGACUGUGUCCAGGAGCUUCUUUGACGCUGCCAUGACCACGAAAGCGCAGAAGGGAGUUCAUCAGGCGCUGGCAUUUGACGCCCCCACAGAUGGAGGCGUGACUGAAGGCUGGGGAGCGGAUGCUGAGUUGGAUCUGGAUGAGAAUGAUGACCUGGAUGAGUUCAAGGAUGCCGAGAAGGGUGAGGAGGGUGAGCCAGAGGCUGGACCUGGAUGGGAUGUGGACGAAGUGGAGCUACCGGAGGAACUGAUGAUCAAUUUGAAGGCGUCUGGGGAUGGAUCUGGUGGAUUUGUGGCGCCGACUAAAGGGCUCUCGCAAGCACAGAUUUGGAGCAGUAAUUCGCAGCUGGUGGCGGAUCAUCUUCGUGCCGGUGCCUUCGACAGUGCUUUCAGGUUGCUCAAUGAUCAAGUGGGAGUGGUGAACUUUGCUCCUUACAAGAAGCUCGCAAUGAACAUCUUCGCUGGCUCUAGAACAGCCUACACAGCUCUUCCUGGCUUGCCGUCAAUGUUCGCUCAUCCGAAUCGCAACUGGAAGGACACCAAUCCCAAGAACAGUCGUCCAGUCUUGGCUCUGAAGCUGAAUGAUCUCGUGCAAAAUCUGCAGAAGUGCUAUCAACUGACCACUGGUGGGAAGUUUACGGAAGCCGUGGAGAAGUUCCAAUUGAUUGUCCUGUCGAUUCCUCUGCUCGUUGUGGAGAGUCGCCAGGAUAUUUCGGAGGCUCAGCAAUUGCUGACAAUCUGCAAGGAGUAUAUUGUGGGUCUGCAGAUGGAGACGAAGCGCAAGGUAUUGCCUAAGGCGACGCUGGAGGAGCAGCAGAGACUGUGUGAGAUGGCGGCGUACUUUACGCACUGCAAUCUUCAGCCUGUCCAUCAGAUUCUCACCCUCAGAACGGCUCUCAAUAUGUUCUUCAAGCUGAAGAACUACAAGACAGCGGCGUCCUUUGCCAGGCGCCUCCUGGAGUUGGGCCCGCGAAUGGAGGUGGCUCAGCAGGCGCGGAAGAUGCUCCAGGCGUGCGAAAUGAAUCUCACGGAUGAGCACAAUCUGCUCUACGAUGAGCACAAUCCCUUCAAUCUCUGCGCCGUGACGUACAAGCCAAUCUACCGCGGCCAGCCGGAGCAGAAGUGUCCUCUCUGCGGAGCCACUUAUCUGCCGGAGUUCGAGGGCAUUCAGUGUGUCGUCUGCGGAGUGUCCGAAGUGGGAAAGAACGUCAUUGGCCUGAGGAUUUGUCAUUUGCAAUUCCGAUAGAUUCAUUCACACGCGCUUGCACAGCAUUCUUUAUGUAAUCGUAUUAUUGGUGAAAAAUAUAAGAAUAUUACUUUA